AUGGGGCGCCUCCGCUCCUCGCCGCCGUCGCCUCCGCUCGGCCCCGGACUCCGCCAAGCUCAGAGACCAACCCCUCCCCCAACAAUGGAGCGGCGGGUAGACGCGGCCUCGCCUGCCUCUCUCCUGUCCGCCACGCCGCCGGGCCCGGGGCAGGGCUCCGGGCCCGGCCGCACCCCCGCUGUCUCGCCGCCGCCGCCUCCCCGGAGUCAACUAGGCUGUGAAGGCGGCGACCAGCCCGGCUUAUUUAAAAGGGGCCCCGCUGCGCCCCAGGAGCCCCCGUUCCCGGACAUCUACGGCGGGGACGCGCAGCUGUGGGAGGCGCACUUCCGCGGCAUCGGGCGCGCCUACCGCGCGCUGGGCAAGGAGAACGACUUCGCCAUCCGCGUGCUCACAGAGGACUUCACGCUGCCCUUCCCGUUCGCCUGGCAGCCGGGGCCCGACCCGGCUCGCGGGCCGCUCUUCUAUGACCCGCACGACCGCACGGGCUUCGACUUCCUGCUGCGGGGCCCGGGCGCGCCGCCCCCCGCGCUGCUGCGGCCCCUGCACAGCACGGCGCGGGCGGCGCUGCGCAAGCGGCGCCUGGAGCAGCUGGCGCUGAGCUACGCGCACGCGGGCGCCGGCCCCCAGCCCGGCCUGGUGCUGCUGGCGCCCGCGUCCGCCGCAGCGGGCAGCGCCUUCCCUGGGCCCGAGGCCGCUUCCCCCAGCGGGGGCGCCCCCUGGCUGGCUAGCGCAGUCCCGAGAUUGUCAAUAAAGCGUGAGAAGCCCUGUCAGAGGCCAGUCUAUCGUGGACUCCUGGUGCCGGCAGAGCCGCUGGACGCGGGGCCCGGGUGA